AUGGCUUCGGGAGUAAAUACAUCCGGAGCUAAUGCCCAUGAACCCGAAAGCAGUCCACGAAAGACUAGUAUAUCACUUUCACAAAUCAUAGAUGAGGAAAAUUACGACGAGUCGGCGGAUCCGGACUACACUUUAAAUAAAGAUACCAUACUUGAGGAAGACGAAUACGAAGCUGAUGACGAUCUUUUGUCAGAUAUCUCGGAAACUCAUAUCACGGAUGAUGACACGUCGACCUUUUCCGAGGGGGAUGAGAAGAAAGAAACUUUGGAAGUCCCGGUUUCGAGCACAGAGAUGUCCACCAGCCAAAGUAGCCUAGAAAUGAUUGAAGAAACACAUAAAAAGUUCAAGAGAUUCAUACACGAGCAAGAGAUACCGAGAAAGCUUCUGCAUGUUUCGAUCGGAUUCUUCACAUUGUAUUUGUUUACGCUUGGACACCAGACGGGGGAGAUUCUUCUUCCAUUGGGAGCUGCUGGUUUGGCCAUAUUCUCUUUUGACCUCCUUCGUUUCAGGUGGAAAGCUUUUAAUAAGGCUUAUUGCGCUGUUGUGGGUUUCAUGAUGAGAGAAGGUGAGGUCAAUUCGAUCAACGGCGUUAUCUGGUAUAUUCUUGGAUGCUAUUUCAGCUUGAAGUUUGCCCACAAGGAUGUUGCGGUCAUGUCAAUUCUUCUUUUGAGCUGGUGUGAUACUGCUGCAUCCACAAUUGGUCGCAAAUUCGGCUAUUUGACACCAAAAAUCGCACGUGGCAAAUCAUUAGCAGGUUCUUUUGGCGCUUUCGUGAUGGGCGUUUUUGCGUGCUACUUCUUCUACGGAUAUCUUGCUCCAAAGUAUCCAGAAUAUUCGCAAGAUUUCUUCUGGACUGCAGCCACAAGUUAUCUUUCUUUGCAUGCUUUGGCGAUUCUCUGCGGAUUUAUUGCUGCACUUAGCGAGGGAAUAGACAUCAUGGAGUUGGAUGAUAAUCUCACCAUUCCAGUGUUGUCUAGUUUAUUUUUGGAUGUCGCUAUUAAGAUUGCCAGGAAGCCGUUGGGCAAUAGUUUAUAA